UAGGUCGUACAAGAAAUUGAAAUUUUAUUUCAAAUAAGAACAUUGUGUUUGCUAGAUAUAAUUGUUACUGCAAUAUUCUUUCCCCAAUUUGUUUGACAAAACUUGAGAUAAGUCCCUGCUAGGCGAUUGCUCUUGUUUAUUAUUUUGUAAAGUUAGUAUUGAAUGAUCUAUAUUUACAGCCGUUAAUUGAACAUGGAACAUUGUCAGAGGACUGAGAGGACAGCAACGACAUAUUAAGUUUCCACGAUGAUGUAAUCAGAUCAAAAGAUUCUCAGAAAGAUGGCAUUUUGAACAAUUCUGAAAUAACAAAACUGUUGCUUAAUAAAGGAAGAAAGUCACAGGAAGUAUUCAAGGAAUGCCAAAAAAUUUGUAAAGUGAUCAAAGAUGAAUCAGAACAUAUUACACAUGUCGAAGCUGCUUACAGAUUUGGAGACGACAAACAUGUAAUUUUUCUUGUUUUCGCUGCAGAAAAUAUUGAAAUAGAUUUGAUUUGGGAAACAGAAAUAAGAAUCAUUAACACGUUUUCGGACGAAAGUAGUGUUGUAUUACAUUGCAAAGAAAAUAGUCCACUGACUGAAAUAGAGUCACAAAGAAUAGGAGAAAUCAUUGACAUGCACUCUAAAAAACUUAUGAGCGACCACAAAUUCCUGUCUGCUUUAUCUGCAUCAUCAGUCUCGUCCAGAUAUUUCGAACCAAUGACAAUUGAACAUUUAAUUGAGAAACGUCCUUGUAUCGUCUUUAAUGUUUUAGUCAAAGGCAUUAUUCCACUGAAUGAGGAAUGUUUCCCUACAGAAUUAGAUGGAAUGCCAGUCGAUGUAAGAGAAGGAGGAGUUCGUUUAUGUGUAAAUAAAGCUGAUGAAUAUCAAGAAAAUGCAACACUAGGCUGUAAAAUUACGUCUUCAACGUGCCCUGGAAAAUCUGGAACACUUGGUGGAUUUAUAGAACAUCCUGAGUACGGGCUUUGUGGAAUCACAUGCGCCCAUGUUGUAGCGAAUGAUGAUGAUAAAUUUAAACUGAAAGAAAUGUCAACAGUUACAGUGAAAGAGGAUCACAUCAUGUAUCAACCGGACGAUGACGAUAAAUCUAAAAAUAAACUAGGGAAACUUGUACAACUUACAUACAAGGAAGGAGAAAAUGGUAAACCAGGAGUUGAUCUUGCACUGUUCAGGAUUGAAAAACGUGCUCCAAAGGAAGGACAGUUUCCUGAUGGCAAUUUACCUUCGUUUAAUACAGGUCUUGUAUGGGGAAAGACAGGUAUUCCGAGUGGUCAACGAAAUGUUCAAAAAUUCGGUUACGUGACAUUGAACACAAGUGGGGUUAUGCAAUUUGAUAAUUGUGCAAUUAAGGAAGAACCAUUCUUCAGUAAAAUGACGAUUGGAGACGACAGACUAUCAUUAACAACUACACUUUAUAAACAAUACCAAAUCAAAUCAUGUGAUAAGAACAUUCCAUUUUGUAAACAAGGAGAUUCUGGAGCUCUUGUGUUUAUGGAGGAUAAUACUGGAGAGGAAACAACUCUAAGAUGCAUUGGUAUGCUUGUUGGACUUACCGAUGAUAACUCGGGUUAUGUAACCCCAAUAACUGCUAUUCUUGAUGAACUGAAGGUAAAACAAUUAAAACCAUUCACAACACAUUCAACAAACAGUACAAUAUUGGAACAAAUUAGCGGAAUGUUAAAUACACAUUUUGACAGAUUUAAUGAACGGUUUAGACAAUUGGAAGAACGCAUUUCUCGUAUCGAAGCUGAUAACAAGAAGUAAACGUUCGUUAGAUAAACAAGCACAUUAAAUUAAAUCAAAUAAGUACUAUCCAAAAGUGUGUUAACAUUUUCCAUACCAUGAAUAGUAAGUUAGCUGGAGAAAAUACUAGGGCACUGUGUAGUUACAUAUUAAUUGUAAUUGAGAUUUUUAUUGUUUCAUUUUUAUUUUUUUUGAUAUGAUAUUAUUUGUCGUUGUCUUCAAUUUCUUUAAAGAACAUCUCUCGAAUGGGGGAUUUUGACAAAACUUCACAGGAGUGACCUGGUGUUCAGGUACAUAAAUAUAUAUCUGGUUCUAGUAUUAUAGACGCACAAUAGUGAAAUAGUGAAAAGCAGAAUCUUAAAGAAAGCCAAGCACGGCAAAAUUGAUAUUGUUGCAGGCCUGGUUUGAAUGAGCCUAUUCGUGGUCGGUACUCGAGAGUCACUGCCCACGCCCCCUAGCUCGGACUUAAGCAGAAUACAACAUUUAAACACGCAAAUUCUAAAUGUUUGAGUUAUGAAACCUUCAUUUGACACAUAAAUGUCAUUCCAUGAAAAGCAACGUAUGGCCCCCAGUAAAAGAAGCGUGUGUCCAAAGAAGAAAACAAUAGACGGAAAUAAAUAAAAUAGAAUUUUGAAAGGGGAUGUGAUGUUAUCAAUGUGAAACUUUUGUGUCAUUCCAUGAAAAGCGGCGUAAGGUCACGCAGUAAAAACAAGCGUGUUCCCUAAACGAGAAAACAAUGGGUGAAUCUAAAUGAAAUAAUUUUGAAGGGGAUCUGAGGUUAAACCUUUUUUGAUAGCUUUAAAUGAUAAACUUAAAUGAUUUAAAUUAAAUUAAAGGGCGAUUUACGUAACAAUAUUUAUGCAAUAUGAGUAUAUAUUCUCUCACAAUAGGGAGAUAACACAAUUUACGCCAGAUUCUACAUAAGAAUAUUGACCUUGAAACUAUACCUCAUUCUAAUGAUCUAAAGGACUCGUUUCCUUAUUGAAGUAUACUGUUUAGAACACAAAACUCAUUUCUACCAAACAAUAAUUGGCUAUACAACCUUUAAACGACAGCUUUAAAACUUAUUUUAUAUUAUAUACAAUUAAGUACACGAUAAAAAUAACUAUCCAAGUUCAAAAUACUUUUAUUGAUGCCGAUUUAAUUGUUUAUGUUAGUUUCCGUCAUAUGACUAGAUUUCUUUUUUAAUGUGAUUUAGUGAAGGAUAAAAUAAAGUAUAUAUUUGAAGUUUUGUUUGUUAAAAUAUAUGUACAUGCAUUUUUCUUUAAAAGCCUUUGUUACUUCUAUUGUUUGUAAUUAUUCAGGAGGCCGUACUGAAAAUAA